AUGUUGAAUUUUAACGAAGUGAUGCAAAAACUUCGGAAGCCAAGAAUGGUAGAUGCGGAAACGCAAACGGAGCUUAGUUAUCAUGAUCUGCAUCGAAUGGAUGUAGCUGAACAGGGAAUUAAGGAACUGAUCCUGAAAAGUGGUAUGUUUGCUGAUAAAAAAAAAAAAAAAGAUGAAAUUAUUUUUACCCUCGAUGUAAUCGAAAGGGGAAUAGCACAUUUAAAAGAGGAUAAAGAACAUAAUAAAGACAACGGUAAAGAAUUAGAGAAAAGGAUAAAACUGCUAGAGCAAGACCUUAAGUCGGGAAAAAUAGCAGAGGAGAACUUAGAAGCGAGGUUAAAGGAGUUGGAGAAAAUGGGGCAAAAAAAAGAAACUGAGUUUCAGAAAACUUUAAAAAUAGAAAAGAAAGAAUGGGAGAGGAUUACAGCAGAAUUGAAAAAAGAUUAUGAGAAUAAAACCGAGGAGCAAAAAGAAAUUAUUGACGAUAAAUUGGCAAUAAUAAAAGAAUUAGAAUUAAAAUUUGAAGACCGAGAGGAACAAAUAAGAGCUCUUAACAAAGAUCAAGGAUUAAUUGAAAUACAAAUGGGAGUUAUUAAACGAGAUAAGGAAAGAAUCGAGAAAGAACUUUUUGAAAAAGGAAUACAGAUAGAGAAUCUAGAUAUAGAAAUAAAUACUUUUACUAAAAAACAGAGUUAUUUAUUAAGACACCUUGAUGAGGGAUUUUUAACUGAGACUGUUGGGAUGGAAGGCGAAAGAAUUUUUUUAUUCAAAAGGAGUAACUAUUAUGACAAGGAUGUUAUUGGUGGUUUAGCAAGAUUUUCAGCAGAAUAUCCAAAUCCAAUCAAUAAAGACCAAGUUUGUAAAUGUGCUUAUCUUAAAAGUAUUGGUGAUGAUGAUGAAAACACUGAUGAAGAAAAAAAACCUAGUAAAAGUUCUCAACUAGAACAUCAAUUACAUGAAUUAUCCCUAAAAAAAGAGGAGUUAGAGGAUGAACUUGAAACUGAAAGGGAAGCUCACUUAGCCGGAGUAGAUGCUACUGCUAGUUGGUAUAAAAGAGAACACCGAAAAGAGUUAGAAACUCUCGAGGAAAAACGGAGGAGGUUAAGUAAUGAAAAUAAGAAACUUAAAACCAAAAUAGCCGAAUUAGAGGAAGCAUUAAAUAAAUAUCAAACUAAAUUAGAAAAUAUAACUACUCAAACUUUUGAUAUUUUAGAUAUUCCAUCUCAGCAAGAAGCCUUUCAAGAACAACCUCCUAAAAAUUAA